AUGAGUUCCUUCAGCUUUGAGCCGUACUACUCGACUUCCUACAAACGGCGCUAUGUGGAGACGCCCCGGGUGCACAUCUCCAGCGUGCGCAGCGGCUACAGCACCGCGCGCUCCGCUUACUCCAGCUACUCGGCGCCCGUCUCCUCCUCGCUGUCCGUGCGCCGCAGCUACUCCUCCAGCUCCGGCUCCUUGUUGCCCAGUCUCGAGAACCUCGACCUGAGCCAGGUGGCCGCCAUCAGCAACGACCUCAAGUCGAUCCGCACCCAGGAGAAGGCGCAGCUUCAGGACCUCAACGACCGCUUCGCUAGCUUCAUCGAGCGCGUGCACGAGCUGGAGCAGCAGAACAAGGUCCUGGAAGCCGAGCUGCUGGUGCUGCGCCAGAAGCACUCCGAGCCGUCCCGCUUCCGGGUGCUGUACGAGCAGGAGAUCCGCGACCUGCGCCUGGCGGCGGAAGACGCCACCAACGAGAAGCAGGCGCUGCAGGGCGAGCGCGAAGGGCUGGAGGAGACUCUGCGCAACCUGCAGGCGCGCUACGAAGAGGAGGUGCUGAGCCGUGAGGACGCAGAGGGCCGGCUGAUGGAAGCGCGCAAAGGGGCCGACGAAGCGGCUCUCGCCCGCGCCGAGCUCGAAAAGCGCAUCGACAGCCUGAUGGACGAAAUCGCUUUUCUGAAGAAAGUGCACGAAGAGGAGAUCGCCGAGCUGCAGGCGCAGAUCCAGUACGCGCAGAUCUCCGUGGAGAUGGAUGUGUCCUCCAAGCCCGACCUCUCCGCCGCGCUCAAGGACAUCCGCGCCCAGUAUGAGAAGCUGGCCGCCAAGAACAUGCAGAAUGCCGAAGAGUGGUUCAAGAGCCGCUUCACCGUGCUGACCGAGAGCGCUGCCAAGAACACCGAUGCGGUGCGCGCCGCCAAGGACGAGGUGUCCGAGAGCCGCCGCCUGCUAAAGGCCAAGACCCUGGAGAUCGAAGCAUGCCGGGGCAUGAACGAAGCGCUGGAGAAGCAGCUGCAGGAGCUGGAGGACAAGCAGAACGCCGACAUUAGUGCUAUGCAGGACACGAUCAACAAAUUGGAAAAUGAAUUGAGAACCACAAAGGGUGAAAUGGCAAGAUACCUCAAGGAAUACCAAGACCUUCUCAAUGUGAAGAUGGCUUUGGACAUUGAGAUUGCAGCUUACAGGAAACUCUUGGAAGGUGAGGAGACCCGGCUCAGUUUCACCAGCGUAGGCAGCCUAACCAGCGGCUACUCCCAGAGCUCCCAGGUCUUUGGCCGAUCUGCCUAUGGUGGUUUACAGACCAGCUCCUACUUGAUGUCCGCCCGCUCCUUCCCAUCUUACUACACCAGCCACGUCCAGGAGGAGCAGAUCGAGGUGGAGGGGACCAUCGAGGCUGCGAAAGCCGAGGAAGCCAGGGACCAACCCCCCUCUGAAGGGGAAGCUGAGGAGGAGGAGACAAAGGAAGAGGCUGAGGCUGAGGAAGAGGAGGGAGCCCAAGAGGAAGAAGCUGCCAAGGAAGAAUCUGAGGAGGCAAAGGAGGAAGAAGAAGGAGGUGAAGGCAAAGAAGCAGAAGAAACCAAAGAAGCUGAGGAGGAGGAGAAAAAAGAUGAAGCUGCCGGGGAGGAGCAAGCCACUAAGAAGAAAGAUUGA